CAAGUGUUCUUCUGUACCAGAGGAGGGUGACACACGUGUCAUCAGGGGUCCCAGCCAUCUCUUCUGCGCUGAUACGAGACUUCAACUCUGUUCACAUCAACUCUGGAACAUGGACAUGGAAUACGGUGGUGCUGGAGGCUGCUUCCCUUUGGAAGCCUGAUGGAAUGAGAGAGGAUUCUGGGGUGCAUACGUGCCUCUGAACAGAAACUCAAGCUCUGGCAUGGACAAGAGAGAUAGAAAAGAGGAGAGGAGACAGUGGUAAAAUCUAGGUUUUCCGCCUCCGGCUGCUUCUUCCAUCUCACUCUGUUACAUCUUGCAACUAAGAAAUGCCACAGCCUUACAAUCAAAGAGAAACCCAGGAAGCGGAAGGCUCCGGAAUAUGGGCUGCAGCUCACAGAUACCCAGGAGUCCUUUGUGUUUUCAGAAAUAAGGAAAUGAAAAUAGAUGUAUUUUACGAUCACUGCCUUUGAAUGUUCUGCUUAACUAUAAAACAUGCAGGAAAACCCAUUUUUGCUACAUGAUGUGAAUUUAAAAAGAGCAUUUGAUAUGGAAAUAAACAGCAAAAUUUAGUUUAUUCACACGCACUCUCCUACUAAAACUGGUUAUGAAUGUAUGAUUGAUUGUGUCUGUUUUCACAGUUUCAUUGCACAGUAGUUGACGAUAUUUUAUAGAUCUGUUUAGAUACCAUGCGUGUAAGAAGUGGUGAGAUCGUCUCUCUGGUCAGGUAUGAAUGGAAAUGAAUCAUGUAUUUGUUAUAUUAGAUGAAAUGCAAGCCCUCUUUCCUCAGGCUAUUGUUAGACUGCAGCUAUUGUGCUUUUAUAUGAUCCAUUCCGGCUGUAAAGUGUUUUAACGCAUUCACUCCCAGAGGCAUUCAGCAUAUGGGGCAGGAGUCCUCUCCUUUGGGCACAUCUUCAAGCCUCCAGAUGGACUUUCCCAGAUCUCCACAUGCACAGAUGAGACCAGACACACUGUAAACGACAUCUGCAAGCACUUGUGGAAGUGUGUCUCUGGAAUACCAGCUCAAAGAUUCCUCAAACAGGCUUCCCAUUUCUCCUGUGAGCCAUGGCUGAGAGAAGACUCCUUCCCCAGGAGGAUGACCAGGGUUCCCUGCUGUCCAGACUGGGCACCGACAGUCCUAAACCCCGGGUGAAGUUCGGAGGGAUGUUCUGCAACAUCGAAGGAGCUUUCGAGAACAAGACCUUGAAUUUUGAGUCGUACAGCCCCAGUUCUGCCAGGAGAAACCCUCGGGGACGAGUGGACGAUCAGAGGGACAAUUUCAGCGACACGUCGAGCAUGAGUGACUUCAGCAGCGUGAGUCAAACGCAGCCCACCCCGUCCUGCAGCUCACAGGGUCAGACCCUCGUUUACCCCACCGGACCCGGUCGCGCGCAGAACGGGCGACGAGAGAGUGAUAAACUCAUUAUUAAAGGUGGGAAAAUCGUAAAUGAUGACCAGUCAUUUUAUGCCGACAUUUACAUUGAAGAUGGAACCAUUAAGCAGAUUGGUGAGAACCUCAUCGUACCAACUGGUGUGAAGACAGUGGAUGCCUACGGGCACAUUGUGAUCCCGGGAGGCAUCGAUGUGAACACCUGUCUACAGGCCCCUCACCUGGGCAUGACCCCGGCAGACGACUUCUAUCAUGGCACCAGAGCUGCUCUAGCGGGAGGAACCACCAUGAUCAUUGACCAUGCUGUACCUGAACCGGGAGCUAGUUUACUGGCAGCGUAUGACCAGUGGAGGGAUACGGCGGACAAGAGGUCGUGCUGUGAUUACUCUCUGCACAUUGACAUCACUCGCUGGCAUGAUGGGCUGUUUGAGGAGCUGGAGUCUCUGGUCAAAGAUAAAGGUGUCAACUCCUUCCUGAUCUUCAUGGCUUAUAAGGACAAGUAUCAGAGCUCUGAUACACAGAUCUAUGAGAUGUUUAGUGUCAUGAGGGAACUGGGUGCCAUCGCACAGGUUCAUGCUGAAAACGGUGACAUCAUUGAGGAGGAGCAGAAUAAGCUUUUGGAUCUGGGAAUCACUGGCCCAGAAGGACACGUCCUGAGCCACCCGGAGGAGGUGGAGACUGAGGCUGUGUAUCGAGCCGUCACCAUUGCUAAACAGGCCAACUGCCCUCUCUACAUCACAAAGGUGAUGAGCAAAGCAGCUGCUGAUGUCAUUGCCAAGGCCAGGAAAAAGGGCAUGGUCAUCUACGGAGAGCCAAUCGCAGCUGGCCUGGGCACGGACGGAUCGCACUACUGGAGCAAAGACUGGGCCAAAGCUGCUGCAUUUGUCAUGUCUCCACCGCUCAGCCCCGAUAUGAGCACGCCGGAUUACCUCAGCUCACUGCUGUCCUGUGGGGAUCUUCAGCUGACAGCCAGCGCUCACUGCACCUUCACCACGGCACAGAAAGCUGUUGGAAAGGACAACUUCACCCUCAUCCCAGAGGGGACCAACGGCAUCGAGGAGCGUAUGAGCAUCGUCUGGGACAAAGCUGUGGCAACAGGUAAAAUGGACGAGAAUGAUUUUGUUGCGGUAACGAGUACAAACGCUGCGAAAAUCUUCAACCUGUAUCCUCGGAAAGGCCGAAUCGCUGUUGGAUCUGAUGCUGACAUUGUUAUCUGGAACACAAAGGAGGCGAAAGUCUUCUCUGCCAAAUCUCACAACCUGACCGUGGAGGUGAAUAUCUUUGAGGGAAUGGAGUGCCGAGGUUUCCCUGUGGUGGUCAUCAGUCAGGGCAGGAUCGUUCUGGAGGACGGGAAACUCAAUGUGACAGAGGGGUCAGGCCGCUUCAUCCCCAGAAAAGCCUAUCCGGACUUUGUCUUCAAGAGAAUCAAGGCCCGAGGCCGAAUGGCUGAUGCUCGUGGUGUUCCUAGAGGAAACUAUGAUGGCCCCGUUCAUGAUGUCAUCAGUAUGACCAAAUCUGUGCCAGCCACUCCCACCACUAGAGGGCCCUCAUGUCCAGGAAAGACCCCAGGGGGACCAGCUAGAAACCUGCACCAAUCUGGGUUCACAUUAUCUGGCACUCAAAUGGACGACCACAUCGCCAGGCGUACGACACAGAGGAUCGUAGCGCCACCUGGAGGCCGUUCCAAUAUCACAUCCCUCUCAUGAACCUCGUCCACCAGGGGAUCCAACAGCAGCCAUUUCGCCUUCUCCGGCUUCCAGUUUUAUAUUACCUGAAUCAUGCAAAUAUUAAUCCCAAUAAACCCAUACACUCUGCCAACCCAAUAGGCUAUGCAGCAACUCACUAUAGCUUUCCAUGAAUUCAUAUUCACUAUAUAAUCUGCCUCUCCUCUGGUCAGACUCACUCAUAAUGUAGCAUGCUCUUUUAUCAGAGUCACCCAGAAUCCAUUCUGCUUUAGCGUAGCAUUGAUGGCGUAAAGACGGCUAGUGAUUGUUGUGUUUGUGAACUACUGAAUGAACUACUGAACUCAUUCUAGUACUGCCUUUCAACCAGUGCUUUCCUCCUGCGACAUGUAGAUUCAGACGAGAUGAGACGAAGUGUGUUUUCUGUGGAAGCCUGUUUAUGUCACACACACAAAAAAAAAAUUUAAAAAGGUAAUUG